AGGGAUCGCUGUAUUGCGUAAACUAUUCAACGCUAUACGUUACUGUGCUGUUAUAAUCACCGAAAUCAUAUAUUUCGUACUUGGAAGAUAUCAGCGCUGCUUGGUAGAUCAUUCUGCACUUGGGAGCCCUUAGGUUAAGUUCUUUUCGUUCUUUGGUGGGGAGAUUUUGGCACGCUUGCCUUCCUUGGCGGCUCUAGUUGGUCGGUUCGAUGGCGGGCAGUAGGUAGUCGCGAAGCUGUCCGAUGGGUGCCUCGGAUCUUUCCUUCCUGACGGCGGACACUAAGAAUGGCUUUGGCUCCUUGGUCGCCCGUUUGAAGAUAAGACAUCUGAGGGUGUUCUUCUUAAAGCAAGCGAGAUUCUCGAGACCGGAAUUCUCGGUCGAAUUGAUGGGCGCAGCAGCGACCUGGGGACAGAUCAGCGUGAGGACCAGGAGGAAGGCGAUUGCCAGUGGCAUGAGAAGGAUAGCCAUAGUCGAGCGACGACGAGGAGUCCUGGAUGUGAUUGCGACGGCGGCGCAUGCGUGGGUGAUUUCACGGAACAUGGUAAGGACCUUGGUAGCUUUCUUGAGGAAGGAAAACUGCGUUUGGUUAUGGGAGAAACGCGUUAGGGUGAGUGCUGAGCGAGCGCUGAGUGGUGAUGAGAAGGGCAAAGGCGGUGGUAUCCAGGCUCGGAAUUUAUAUAACCGUGGAGGCGGACACCAGAAGACCACGCGGACAAAGCUAUGGCGUCUCUAGAGCCUGGGAGGAGGGUGAGUUGAGAUACUUAGGGUACUUGGGACAAUUGAGACAAAUGGAGUGGCAACCAUAGAAAUCUAUGCACAACAUGCAUCUUACAGAGUGCCUCUUCCGUAUUUGUUAGCCCCCACUAUUGUUGAGUGGUGUCGC